GCACGUUUUACAACCAGGAACCAGCGGCGAGACAAUAAAAAUGGACGCGUCGGAGAUGUCUUUCUUUGACAUAAUGCACCGACCUCGUGUUCUGCUUCCAUCAGGAGGCAGUUUGUCUGUCUGCGUGAAGGCUCUGUCGUCUGGAUGGGAGAUAAUCCCUAUUUUGAGGCUCGAUGUUCGUUGCAGCCGUGCUGGUGCUUGGCUGCCUGCUGCAGAGGAACAUUGUGACCACAGAGGGGCAUCGUGGGACCAACCGCAACGUCUUCUACGCCGUGCAUAUGGACAGGGGCAUCAGAGCCGCCAGAGCUGUGGCCAAACAGCACAAGCUGGAGUUCAUACAACGGGUUGGCAGUCUGGAGGGUGUGUACAACCUGAGAGACAGCAGGGGGCGCUCCGACAGAGCCACCUUUGAGAAUGAACUUGCAAAGGCAGCAGGGGUUCACUGGGUGCAGAGGCAGCACAGUCAUUACAGAGACAAGCGGAGUCGUGUGGCGGGACUGAACCACAGCAGCAUCCACAGUACCCAGAGGAGGAAGUACGCACCUGACGGGCACUCUAAGGACCAGUCCCUCACCUUCAAUGACCCACUCUGGCCCAUGCAGUGGGAGCUGUUUGCACAGGGUGAAUACAGCUCCAGUGGGGUUGACCUGAAUGUGAUGCCAGUUUGGAGUAAAAACAUCACAGGGAACGGGGUGGUGGUCAGCAUCAUUGAUGAUGGAUUAGAUUACACAAACAAAGACCUGAAGAGAAACUUUGAGGCCCUCGCCAGUUUAGAUCUCUGUGCAUCUUACGGGUUUGCAGACGAUCCCAUGCCCAUCAAGGAUGAGGAGAACAGUCAUGGCACACGGUGUGCAGGGGAAGUUGCCAUGGAGGCCAACAACUCCUACUGCGGUGUGGGCAUUGCCUUCAAUGCCAGGAUUGGAGGUAUCCAUCUGUUGAACGGCUCUGUCACGGAUGCCAUGGAGGCCACCGCUCUGACCUUCAACAUCCACUUCAUCGACAUCUAUGUCUGCAGUUGGGGCCCGCGGGACGAUGGGGCCGAGGUGGAUGGGCCGCACAGCCUGACAGAGCAAGCCCUCCGGCUAGGAACUCACAAGGGUCGAGGUGGGAAGGGCAGCCUCUUUGUGUGGGCGGCAGGUAACGGUGGAAUGCAACAGGAUCAUUGCGGUGCAGACGGUUACGUUAACUCCAUCCACACCAUCGCCAUCGGCGCUGUCACUCACACAGGGAAGCCCGCCUACUACGGCGAGCCCUGCCCCGGGGUUGCGGCUGUCACUCUAACUGGGGCGAAUGUGGGAGGCUCACUGCCUUUGGUGACUGUGACCAACACUGGCGAUGGAUGUGUCAAACACUUCCCAGGAACAUCCAGUGCUGCUCCAAUUGCUGCAGGAAUUCUGGCUCUGGUCUUGGAAGUAAACCCCGAGCUGACGUGGAGGGAUGUUCAGCAUUUGAUCGCCAAGACAGCAAAGAUUCCCAACCCCAAAGAACCAGGGUGGAACAUAAAUGCAGCAGGAUACCAUGUUCAUCAUAGGUAUGGCUUUGGAUUGUUGGAUGCUGCACUGAUGGUGCAGCAGGCUGGACACUUCAGCACUGUUGCUUCACAGAGGACAUGCACUCAAGAAGUCAAACUUAAUCCCCCCAGGAUCCUUUCUUCAAGAGGUGGAGUCAGUCUCAACAUCCAAUCAGACGCUUGCCGAGGGGGGAUUAAUGAGAUCAAUACCCUAGAGCACGUUCAGGUGAGCGUAAGCAUCAGCGCUGUGUGUCGAGGUGACCUCUCCAUAAGCCUGAAGUCUCCCGGCAGCACAGUAUCACUGCUGUUGGACACACGACCCAAUGAUGCCUCUACCGACGGCCUGAAACACUGGACCCUGAUGACUGUGCACUGCUGGGGGGAGCAGCCGCGAGGCCUGUGGACCCUGCAGGUGACUGACCACAAAGGCACAGCGAGGAGCUGUGCGAGGCCGACUGAAGAGGAGGCAGCCGGAGCCUUGCUCAGUGUUACACUCACCCUCUAUGGCACCUACCACCCACACAGGACCAUGCAUGAGAGAUCACUGCAGAGCGUUGUGUCGAUGGGGUCGCGUCACCUUGUUCCUCGAGUGUACCGGAGGGACCACCACUACCCUCCUCUGGGUCUGGUGCAGUGGGUCUACCAACUGGAGAGAGACAGGAAGGUGCGGGCUGCUGAUAUCACUGUUUCCAGACCCCAGAUGGAGUUUCCCCACAUGUCACGACCUCAUCACCCAUUUCACGCACAACAGCUGAAUGGCAUGACUGAAGAGAAGUCCUCCCUGAAACCUGCUCUCGUCAACGAGCUCCAUGAGACAAAGACCCUCCCGGAUGAUGUGAAGGGGGAGAUCGGGCCGUUACCUUUACACAUUCUCCAGGAUGUUGCCAUGGAGGUGCAGCUGUCAGACUCUUCAGAUCCAGGAGAUGAUGGAGGAACUGUGAGUAGAAAGGCAGCAGACGAAGGGACGGGGCUGAAGGUAGAGGAGUGA